CAGAGUGCCUCAUGCGCGUAAACGUAUACAUAACUAUGAUUUACUUUUUAUUGAUUUUAGGCAUCACAAAAACUUGUCAAGCUUCUGGAUGGGGGUUAGGAUAUGGAUAUGGCGAAGGUCAUAGUUUUGGUGAAAUUUCUUUGGAUCACAAUUCAAUAAGUCAUGAUCUACACGGUUGGAAUCAAAUCCAUGAUUUAUCUGACAACAAGAAACCUAUUUCUGGAUUAGAAGCAUGGUUGCAAGAUGUUGUUAUUGGCAAAGAUCAUAAGGGCCUUGUAAAACCAAUUAUAAAAGAAAUAGCAUAUCCAGUAUAUAAAAAUGUUGAAAUCAAAAUUCCUUAUCCACAAGUUCAACAAGUAAAUCAACCAUAUCCUGUAUUAGUUCCGAUGUUACAUCCAGUUCCAUAUGAGGUCAUUAAGACGGUCGUCAAAACCGUCGAAAAAAAGGUUCCAACGCCAGUCGAGAAAAUAGUUCCUGUGCCAGUAGAAAAACCAGUACCGUAUGAAGUAGUUAAGCAUAUUCCAAUGUUCGUCGAAAAGAAAAUCCCCAUAAAAAUUCCAGUCUACAAGACGAUACAUCAUAAGGUGUACAAUUAAACGUAUAGAUUUGUAUGUAUUAUAUUUUUGUAUUUAAUUAAAAUAUAGAGAUCAAUGGUUGUAUAGUUAUGAUGACAUUUUAUUAAAAAUAGAAAUUCUAUUUAAGAAUAAGUUUGUUUAUUUCA